GUCAGGAAUAUGGCAACUCUAAAAGACAUUACCAGGCGCUUGAAGUCCAUCAAGAACAUUCAGAAGAUCACCAAGUCCAUGAAGAUGGUUUCUGCAGCCAAGUACGCCAGAGCUGAGAGGGAGCUGAAGCCUGCCAGGGUCUAUGGGACAGGAGCACUGGCUCUCUAUGAGAAAGCAGAAAUAAAGGCCCCUGAGGACAAGAAGAAGCACCUCCUCAUUGGUGUGUCUUCUGACCGAGGCCUGUGUGGUGCUAUCCAUACAUCCAUUGCUAAAACCAUGAAGAACGAGAUCACCAACCUCACAAACGCAGGGAAAGAAGUGAUGGUGGUUGGAGUGGGUGACAAGAUCAGAGGCCUGCUUCAGAGGUGAGAAGGGUUUGAUGUGAUGUUCCUGUUUCUGCUGACCUUCAAGGAAGUGGGACGGAGACCUCCGAGCUUUGGAGAUGCUUCAGUCAUUGCUCUGGAGCUGUUAAACUCUGGCUAUGAGUUUGACGAGGGCUCUGUCAUCUACAAUCGGUUCAGGUCUGUCAUCUCCUACAAGACUGAUGAAAAACCCAUUUUCUCCUUUGAAACUGUUGCUGGUUCUGAAAGCCUGAGUAUCUAUGAUGACAUUGAUGCUGAUGUGCUGAGAAACUACCAGGAAUUUACACUAGCAAAUAUUCUGUACUACUCCCUGAAAGAAUCCACCACCAGCGAGCAGAGUGCUAGGAUGACAGCCAUGGACAACGCCAGCAAGAACGCCUCUGAGAUGAUUGAUAAACUGACCUUGACGUUCAACCGUACCCGUCAAGCCGUCAUCACCAAGGAGCUCAUUGAGAUCAUCUCUGGUGCUGCUGCUCUGUGA